AGCUGCUGUUGUGGAACUGCUGUGGCUGCUCUACUGCAGACACCAGACACACGCAUCCGCGUUGACGUUGAGCGUAGGAAAACUGUACUAGGGGCCAAGCAGCUAAACGCAUGCCCUCCCCUUCCUUUCACAGCAAAAUGUCGUCAGACUCCGAUGUGCCGAUGGAUCCAGAAAUGGCAUUUCUCGACGACGAAGACCUAGAAAGGGAAGCGGAGGUUUUUAAAGAACAAGGCAAUGCCUACUACGUAAAGAAGGACUACUCGGAAGCUUUCAACUACUACACAAAAGCCAUUGACAUGUGCCCAAAGAAUGCAAGUUACUACGGUAACCGAGCGGCGACCCUGAUGAUGCUGAGUCGCUACAGGGAGGCGCUGGAGGACUCCCAACAGGCCGUGCGGCUGGACGACACCUUCGUUAAGGGUCACCUCCGUGAGGGCAAAUGCCACUUGUCACUCGGAAAUGCCAUGGCAGCCAGCCGCUGUUUCCAGAAGGUGCUGGAGCUGGAGUCCGAUAACGGCCAGGCUCAGCAAGAGAUAAAAAAUGCAGAUUCCAUUUUGGAGUACGAGAGGAUGGCUGAGAUCGGCUUCGACAAACGAGACUUCAGAAUGGUAGUGUUCUGCAUGGAUCGGGCGCUGGAGUCUGCUGCGGCGUGUCACAGAUUCAAGAUUCUGAAGGCGGAGUGUUUGGCCCUGCUCGGCCGCUACCCAGAGGCCCAGUCUGUUGCCAGUGACAUCUUGCGUAUGGACUCGACCAAUGGCGAUGCCCUGUACGUGCGUGGCUUGUGUCUCUACUAUGAAGACUGUAUUGACAAGGCUGUGCAGUUCUUCGUCCAGGCCCUGCGCAUGGCACCAGACCACGAGAAAGCCAGACUGGCCUGCAGGAACGCGAAAGCCCUGAAGGCCAAGAAGGAGGAGGGCAACAAGGCGUUUAAGGAAGGCAACUACACUGAAGCCUACGAUCUCUACACUGAGGCGCUCACCAUCGACCCCAACAACAUCAAAACCAAUGCCAAACUCUACUGUAACCGUGCCACUGUCGGAUCAAAGUUAAGUAAACUGGAGCAAGCCAUAGAUGAUUGUACCAAGGCCAUCAAGCUGGACGAGACCUACAUCAAGGCUUACUUGAGGAGAGCACAGUGUUAUAUGGACUCCGAGAUGUACGAGGAGGCUGUGAGGGACUAUGAGAAGGUUUAUCAGACAGAGAAGACAAAAGAUCAUAAGCACCUGUUAAAAAAUGCUCAGCUGGAACUGAAGAAAAGCAAGCGAAAAGAUUAUUACAAGGUGCUGGGUGUCGACAAACACGCCACAGAGGACGAGAUCAAGAAGGCCUACCGGAAACGCGCACUCAUGCACCACCCAGAUCGUCACAGUAGUGCGACCCAGGAGGUGCAGAAGGAGGAGGAGAAGAAGUUCAAGGAGGUGGGGGAGGCCUUCACCAUACUCUCCGACCCCAAGAAGAAGUCCCGCUACGACAACGGCCACGACCUGGAGGAGGACGGCAUGGGAGAUGUUGAUGCUAACAACAUAUUCAAAGCAUUCUUUGGAGGACCAGGAGGUUUUAGUUUUGAAGGCUCAGCAUCCGGUCCUGGGAAUUUCUUUUUCCAGUUCGGCUAAUGAAGAAGCCAAACUGGAGCCCCACCUUGCUGUCCUUCAUCCUGAUAUUACGUUUCUAUGGACUGUCUCACAGCAGCACACGACAACAACAACAACAGCAGCCCUUAAACGCUCAUGUAAAGCCAAACAUCUCAACACACACAUCCUCCAGGAGAAAUUCAUACAUGCAAAACGCCAACAACACAACACACACCCAAACACACGCACUCUCUGAUAACACACACACUCUGACACAUACACACAUACACACACUUGUAUGUGUGUGUGUGAAGUUUUCGACCUUGGAAAAGCCGUCACAGUAAUCAUGGAUUUCUGUAACUCAUCCUCAUUCCAUAUCAGAUCUGUGAGAACGUUAGCUAGAGUGGCAUAUGUUAUCUAUUUAUGAUCCAUUUUUUGUUUUGUUUUUUUGUUUGUUUUUUGGUAACUAUAUGCAUCCCUUAAUGAACGUUCAUGAAAAAUAUUGCCAUUGUUUCUGCUUUUGUUUUUAUUUUUUUUGGAUUGUGUGAGUGUAAGUGUGUUUUAUAGUGUCCUCACACACACACAUGUGUUUUGUUUAAAAGGUUUGUGGUUUCGGUGGUUGUGAGGCGCAUCAGGAGGUUAAAGUGGUUCUGGGAGGUUCCCAUUUCCUCUCUCCUCCGCCUCUGAACAGAGGACGAUGCCCGAGCACCCGGCGAUACCAAGUCAUGUAAAAUGUGGACUGUACAGCUUAGUUAAGACGAUGAAAUAAAUAGGUUCAAACCGUGUUUUAAAAUAA